GCAUUUGAAGAGUACGCAGUUUUAAAAGAUUUAAGCUUUGAAAUAAACUAGUGAUGAUUCUUCUGGUUUGUUUUGCGGUAACAGUUCUGGUGGUAAACUCCUGUGAAGGAAAACCAGCGCAGUUUAAAGGCUAUCCCGAAGGUAUUUUUUAUAGAUUUUUUUUUCAAUUAUAUUUCACUUUCAUUAAUGCAUAACUUGCGCGAUGUCGCGUUAAAAGAUCAUUAGUUAAAAAUGUUUUGUUCAAAAGAACAUUAAAGUAGUUUUUACAAUUAAAUCAGUAACUUUUGCCUUGAUCAACGUUUGAUAAUUGGAGUGAAUUUCGUCUCAGGAAAAUGUUCUAAAAAAAAAUAUUAUAUUCCUAUCCUAGCAUGCAGUUUCCGUGAACGAACCAUUAGACGCAAGUUCGAUUCGGUUAAAAUUACUUCUGGGUUCUGAUGACCUUUUAUCAACCACAAAGACAAAUUGCACUUAAUAAUAUUUCUCGGUCCACAAUUAAAUUUUACUAAGCUGUAAAAGGCUUGAAUGAAUUAUAUUAUAAUUUGAAUUGAAAAAGAAACUUUGUUUAUUUUCUUUUGGGAAAGUAAGAUCUGUGUUUAACUUAAUCAUACGUGUUUAAGUUAGUUUAAUUAUGUUUAUCUAAUGCGAACAGUAAAUUGAGUCCCAAUUAAUUUAAUAGAAGUUUCAAUAUUAGAAAAAGUACAGGUUUAUGUGAGUGCAUUUAUUGGAUCAUUUAAAUGUAUCUGGCGGUUGAAGCACAAAAUAAUAGUUAAAUGUUGUCAAUUUAAAUACAAUUAUCAUUGAUGGUGUAAAAAUGACGCCACAUUUAUACCGAUGCAGCAAUAAAAGUAAAACUUACUGAAAUUCAGACAUCAUUUUCUCUUUGGCGUACCAUCUAAAAUCUUUUCAUUUUAGCAUAAUUUUACAGAUAAAGUUAAGUUUGUUUGCCUUUUGAGAAACGUAUUAAAAAUUUAAAAAAUUGAUUAUACAGUCCGAUACCCAAGUGGAAGAGUAUAUAUGAUUAAUUAGUUUUGAAGGCGUGUUGCAUAACAUACAAAACAUUCUUCUCUUAAAUCAAUUAAUCUAUUUUAUAUAGAAAAUAGAAAUGUGAACAACCCAAACUUGUUUGAAGGUGACAUGCUGGUGGACCCUGAAGUCAAGAAAAUCGCUUUAGCUGGUGGUGAUAUUUCCAUGGCAACAGCAAGCAGAAAACGUGGCACAACUAAACUUCAUAUCUGGCCCAGUGGCCGUAUUCCAUAUGUCAUCGAACCUUCGGUGCCGUCUAGUAAGUUUCUGCCCUGGUUUGUGCCUUUGCGCUACACGUUCAGUGUCUGCAGUUAGCCCUAUAGCAAAACUAAUUAAGAAAGGUCAAGAAACGGAAACAUUUGGAAAUAGCGAUGUUCCUUCAAAUGUUUUUCGAUAUGCCCACCUUUGGAAACAUUUUACUAUAUACUUGUCUAAUCUUUAACAUUUAGUUCACAGAGAUAAGAUCGAGAAAGCAAUGAGAGAAUGGGAAAAUGGAACUUGCUUGUCAUUCGUCCCUUAUGUUCAAAAUAGUGGGGAUGUUUAUAUGAAAAUAUCUGGAAACUUACCCGGGUAAGUCUUCAUGCCCUUCAAAGAUGUUGUACUGAGAUGACGACAAUUUGAGUCAACGGUCAAGCAUUUUCAAUGUGAAUUAAACUAACUCUAUUAUACUGGAUAUAACUCCAUCAGUUUUAAACUGUUCUUCCUAUAGAGAUCCACUAAGGGUCUUCCUUUAUUGGUCCAUUGAUCUAGUAAGGGCCUUCCAUUAAUUAUUGGAACAGAUAUAAACCUGUCGUGUUUGCCGGUCAGAGUUGAGAAAAAAGUCUCCAUUCUUUGCAGAUGCUUUGCGAUUGUUGGUUACAUACCUAUCCCACCUCAUUUACCCAAAAAAUUCCGUGGUCUUACAUUGAAUCUUGGCCCGGGUUGUUUUCAACAUCGCGUUUUCCUUCAUGAAUUGGGUAGGUAUUUAUUCUUGUUACCAGGAUUCUAUAGAACUUAGCCUGUCUAACAAAAGACAAGUUUAAUCAUCUAACAAUCAAACUUCCCUUUUUAUUUUUUAUUUUUUAUUUUUUAAGGUCAUGUUAUAGGAUUCUACCAUGAGCAAUCAAGACCCGAUAGGGAUUCUUAUGUGAACAUACUGACGGACAACAUCAUGAGAGGUAUGUGGAACCUUCCCCCUCAAAAAAAAAAUAAAUAAAUAAAUAAAAAACGGAUAAGAUUCCAAAUUUUGAACUGUUUAAAUAGAAUUGGGCAAAUUUAGGGAAAAAAAUCAGGAAAUAUGAAAGAAAACCGAUACAUGUAUUAAAAAUAUCAAGUAGGAAAUAUGUUUGGUCCGGAAUUUUUUUUGUCCCUCCCCCCUCACCACUGUUCCUAUGUUGUACAGAUUAUGUGGUAGUAAAGGUUUCACUGCAUCAAAAAUACACUUAGCUGCCUUUACUAUAGCGGAGUGGCCAUCCAAGGUACUUAUCAAUGCUUUUAUUCUCAUAGGCAGAGACAAUGAUUUUCGAAAAUACGGGACUCGACGAAUCGACUCACUCGGAAGUCCUUACGAUUUGAAGAGCGUGAUGCAUUAUGGUCCGAAGACAUUUAGCAAGAACGGCCAAAACACCAUUGAACCUGUAGACCCAAACGUAAGUAUCCCGUGUUGGUGUCGCUUUUUGGUGAACUUCAGAGUAAUUGACACUUAUAUACACUGUUAAUUUUAAGGAGUUGAUACUACUCCAAAAAAGGAGUAAAAAAAAGGUACCAGUUGACUCUGUUUUGGGAGUAUAUUUUACUCCAUGAUUUUGACUCCAUUUUUAGAGUACUUUCUACCCUACUAAUGGAGUAAUAUUUACCUUUGCAGGAGUAAAAAAUACUCUAGUUCAAAACUUCACUCUCAUUUUGGAGUUAAAAGUAACCCAAAAGUGGAGUAAAUUUUAUUCCUACGAGGGGAUAAAAAUACUCUGAUUUAAUUUUACUCUAAUUUUGGAGUCAAAAAUAUACCAAAACUGGAGUAAAUUUUAUUCCUUACGGGCGUGAAAAUUACUCUACUGUAGAAUUUUACUCUUAUUUUGGAGUCAAAUAUAUACCAAAACUGGAGUAAAUUUUAUUCUUCAUGAGGGUGAAAACUACUCUUAUUUAAAAUUUUACUCUUAUUUUGGAGUCAAAUAUAUACCAAAACCGGAGUAUAACUUUUAUUCCUAAUGAGGGUGAAAACUACUCUUAUUUAAAAUUUUACACUUAUAGGAGCAAAAAAGUCUUAAGCUUCCUCUCUUAUUUUUCUCUUUUAAUAUCACCAAAUAGAAGAGCGUAGACUACAUUGUAAUAUACUUUAUUUCGAUUCCUUAUUUUUGUCAGAGCUAUAGUUCUCAUAACCAAACAUAAUUACAAAAUUUCAACUAGUUUCAUAAAGAAUAAUGAAAGAUAUAAUUGACUGAAUACAUCAAAAUGGAUUUCUAUUCGGACAACCCUUUCUGAGCGCUGAUUGGCUAAAAUACGAACACGAGAUCACCUGGAACUCACCCCGUGGGAGGAAACACCCGGAGAAAACCCACGACUUUCGGCAGAUCGCUAACGGUAGCCUCUUUAUUGCUAGUGAAAUCCAACGACUAGCCUUAUGUUCCCCUAAUUUUUGCAUAUUUUUACUACAGUUUUUAAUCUAGAACUAAAUGCACGCAAAAUGUGCUAUCAUUUUUUGUCAUAUUUCUAACAGCAAACCUUGGAAAACAAUGAAAAUAUCAGUGUUACAGACAAACAGCAGGUGAACUUACUGUACAAUUGUGUUUAGGUAAGUGAAAUAUUAAUUCUUCAGUUUCUUUUUAAACCUCCAACUGAAGAAGUAGAAGUAUUCCAAAGGUCGUAGGUUCGAUUCCCGCCGUGGCCAGGCAUAUUUUUCAAGCCUGUCCGGUGUGGAUAUACACUCAGAGUAACAUCACAAACAUCUUAUUCACCUGAGUACAUUACACCAACACAGCAAAUAACUAGAAGUCGUUAAUGUCUGCCGGAAACAUCUGAAUCUAGAGUGUUUCUGUCAAUGUUUUCCCUCCCUUGCAAACACUGUGACGGAAACAGAUUUUCUUCCCAACAAAUCAAGAAAAUGAUUUUGUAUCCCAAGGUCAAGCGUUGUUUCCAGACGUAGACUCGAGACUAAAUAACGUUUCCUUGUUUGCUCAACUUCGGAAAACAUGGCCAUUAAACAAUGUUUCCGCAACAAAGUUUCCUGGUUACUCAUGGAAGUAAUCAGUGAUCUUACAGCGCGCUUACAUCAGUAUAUUCUGACUUCUCUAAUUUUGUUUUUGUAGUUCCUUACAUUUGGCUAUGAAAACGGAUGGACGAGAACAUUCGAAUCAAUUAUCACACGACUUAAUUCAUAUUCUGAUUAUUGUAAUAUUAAUAAUAAUGAUUAUACUAUACCAAUUACAUGAAUAAUAAAAGAGAACACAAAUUUAUCUUCUACACACCUUUAUUAAAUAUUAGUCAAGCUUAAUUUAUUGACAAUGUACGAUUAUGUUUCUUUACAUAUAAGUCUUAUUAUAAAAUUCUUGGCAAAUGAGAACCUCUUCAAAAUAUAACGUCACAAUCUGCAACGUUUAUCAAAUUGAGUGACACAAAAAUUAUUGAAAUUUUUUUAAACUUAAAAUCAAAUUUUUUAGAGCUAUUCUAAUUCAAUCGAAAUGAUAUUUGAUCCAACAUAAAUACCAAAUUUGGUUUAUAGGGUGACACACAAAACAUCGCAAUGAAUGCUAAUUUUUCUGUACUAAAAAGAUAUUAACCCGUUUUCAAAUUGUUAUCCUAAAUAUCCUAAUUUACUCAAGUAUGCUUUUCUUUCGCCUGGUUAUCCGUUAAUGGGCCAAACGUUGAAAAAAACGCAUUUAAUUAAUUAAACUCUUUUUAUUUAAAAAUAAACCGUAACCUUACUCCCCUUACUCCCCGUUAACAGCCUCAUUUGCUCGACUGCCCGAUUCUGGGCCCGACUUUUGAGGCAAUCUGUAACUUUCAUAAGCUGGUGAUGGCGGUUCGAGCUCUCUGUGUAGGGAUUGGUAUUGCUUGUUUUCUGAACUCGUUGAAUUGCUCUGUAAGAUGAAAACAGGAUAUUUGUUAAGUUGAAAUACUGCUGAAUUAUUAAACAAGAUAGUUGUAUAAUUUUGGGAACAGGUAAUUGUAUUCAUAGUUUGUUUUUCAACAAUUAAAUAUGUCUGACAUAAUUUGACAUUUUGACCUCUCGGAAAUGCAGGUGUGUUGUUGUACUGUACUUUUAGUCUGUCAUACGGACAAGUAGAAAUCGCAUAUUUUGUAAAAAGAUGUGUUCACAACGGUUUCUCACAACAAGCUUGAAACAAGCAUGUUGAAAAGGCAUUGUAAUUUGGUAUUUCAUUUACAACAUUGCAAAUAUGUUGAAAAUGACGACUGCACUAACAUGGUUGCAGUACAAGCAGUGAAGACAAGUUGUAACAAAGUUGUUGUUUCAACAAAUUGCUGCAAGGUUGUCACAAUUAACAACUCACAAAGGGCUUAAAACAAGCCUGUUGAGAAGUCCUCAAAUGCUGUUAUGUUAUCAAAAAAUUGAAGAAUUUUUGGGUUCCAAUCAAAAAUUGAAAGAUGAUAACUGCAUUAAGGUGGGGAAGGACAUUGGGAUUUACGGUAUGGCGGUAUCAGCUUAUUUUUCUUACAGUAUUUCGGUAUUUUCCUUGAAAAAGUGCGGUAUUACAAUAUUGGAAAUCUUGCGGUACACAGUAUUUGCAAUUUUGGACUCGAAAACUGUGGUUAUUGACAAAAUGUUCUUGCGGUAUUACGGUAAUACCAUUACGGUAUUGAAUACCCCCCAAUGCCCCCCUCAUUAAGCCACCUGACUGUUCAAUGAAAUACUAUUUCAUUGGACCCAGAUAUGGGGAGACAGUGUGCAUAAAUGAAGACAUCCACUCAAUGAACACUAAUUUUUUUUUAAUAUGUCUUCCAAAAUAAAUAUACUUUACUUAUUUGUUGAUUGAACCUUUGCAAACUUUGACAUAAUUACUAGGCCAAAAAAAAUAUGUGGGUUUCCGGUUUCCUCUUGUAAAAACUUAGGUAGGGUAGGUCGGUUUUAACUUUUUUUUUUAAAAGUUUUUUUAAAAUUUUCCUAACAACCGGACGCCAUUUUGUUUAGUCAGUGCUUCCAUAUCCAAACAUAAAUUUCCCUAAUAUUGCCUCAAAUUUUCAUUUUCCAUAAACGUUUUCCUCUGAGUGGAAACACUUACAAGCGUGAUCCAAUAAAAAAGUUUAGGGUCGGGAUUUUGGCGUCCAAAAGCUAGGUAGGGUCGGGAAACCGGAAACCCACAUUUUUUUUUGGCCCUAGUUUUAAAAGUCUGGGGGAGUAACACACAUAGCUCCCCCAAAAAGCUGUUUACAACAAACCUGUUCAAGUACGAAGUAACGAGGUCCAUCUUCAUUAUUUUCUGUAUCUUGAUUGUGAUGCUCUGCUCCUUCAGCAUUUGUUUGAAGCACAUGAUAAUAUGGUGAAGACAAGUUGCUAUCUUCCCCUUUCUGACUACCCUGCUGUACUGCGAAGAAGGACUCUGUUCUUUUGGGGUCUCUUACUGGUGGCAACUCUUCAUAAAAUGGAUACUUGUUGGCUGGGUCAUCUUUCUUUACUUUCUCUCUUGGAUUAAGCAUGCUAUGCCUUGGGUUUGCCAUUUCAUUUUGACUUGAAAACCUGUCUGAGUUUGCGCUGUCUUUACGAUCAGUUUUAUUUUCCUGUUUUGAAUCUAAGUCAUUGUUUUUAGAUACUUUCGAAAAUCGAAAUAUUCCCUUUCUUUUUUUCUCAUCUUUAAUCGGAGGAAUAUCCUCGUAUGUGGAAUCUUUGCGUUUAGUUUCCUUUUCGUCUAGUAUUUUUGUGUUUAAAGCUUGAUCUACUUGACUUUUGGUAUUAUCCAUUGUUGGCGGGUCUUCAUUGUUGGCUUGUUCAGAUUCUUGUUUCCAUUUAUGUAUUUGACUCUCAUCAGGCAACGGCAGUUCCUCAUAAUGUGGGUCGUUUGUUGCAGUUGUAGACUGUUGUUCAAUAUUGACAGCAUCCUGUUGUCUGUCUUCGUUUAAAGCAUAAUCUGCAAGAGUUUGUAUGGUCUUGUUGUUCUGGUCAAAUACUUGUUUACUAUUGCGCUUUUUGUGUACAUUCUUAGAAAAUCUAAACAAUCCUUUUUUGUUAGCAUUCUUCUCUUGUAAAUGAGGCAAUGUUUCGUACUCGUGUUCCUUAGUUUCUGUUGACAUAUUUUCAUUUAGAUCCACAUCUAUGAAGUGGAAGGAAUUAAUAGGCAUUUGAAAAUGGUGUUCCUCCGUAUUUUUUCCAAUUCCUAGUAAUCUAGUUCAUGUACUGUAUACUGUAGCUUUUUAGCCAACAUACAUUGUGAAAAAAUUGUAUAGGAAUUUGUGUGGGUAUGAACCAAAAUCUGGUAGGAAUAAUGGACAACUUGCAUGUUAGACUAAAUUUUAAUCUAAGUAAAGAGAAGGGAAUCAAACACCACAGCUAAAAAGAACAUAAUGAAAUGAGUAAAAUUGCAAAAUUUGAUUGCAAAAUGUUGUAAAGCUUGGAAAAUAUAGUCUUGCAAAGUUCGCAAAUUUUGUAUAUGUUUGUAUUACGUGCGGAAAUUGUUACCAUUUUCGGCUCAAAAAUGGUAACAAUUUUCGCACGUAAUACAAACAUAUGCAAAAUAUGUAAACUUCGCAAUGCUAUAUUUUCCGUAUUUUACAACAUUUCGUAACCAAAUUUUGCAAUUUUACUAUUUUUUUUGAUAAGUUCUUUAUGGCAAUUUACUUUUUUUUGCCCAGAUCAAAAAUUAGUCUAACAUGCAAGUUGUCCAUUGUACUGUAUCAUACUUACUAGCAUAAUUCCCAGCACAGUUGUCUUGAGGUAUCUGGGCAGGAAUAACAUCAGUUGCCUCAUAGAAAGGGUUGGAAAUUGCCUGAAAAGAUUUUGAGAAUACAUGGGUUAGAUUCAGAAUAUAAAAGCUGUCAUUGAACAUGAGCUUAUAGUUGAAAUAAAGUUCAUAAAGUGGAUUGAAAACCUGACUAUAACUGACUAUACUACUGAGCAAUCGUCAGUUUUUUUACAUCAGAUCUCUUUAUAGGAAGAAACUGACUCUUCAAAAAUUGGGUGGAAAGUGACCCUAUAAUCCUGGCUCAAUUUCAAAGUAAUAUAGUGUGGACUGUGGAGUAAUAAAUAAGUGAAGCUUGUCUUUAGUUCAAAGUGAUACACCUACGUGUAAAUAAGCUAUGAAGAUACCGCAAUACCUUUGUUGAUUUGGUUUUUUUGUCUUGCGAUUUCUCCACUAACUGCUGUGGUUCUUCAUAUGUUGCAACUGGUGGAUGUGCUUCAUUGUAGAUAUGGCUUUCUCUGGACUGUAUUUCUGUUCGGUCUUCAUAAGAUGGAUUUUUGAAGUUAUAUUCUGGCUUUCCUUUCUUCCCUUUCUUCUAUAUAAAAAAGACUUUGCUAUUGCUUGUUGUAAUAUGGAACCUUUCACAAUUGCUAAUUUCAUCUUUUCUCUGUUAUCAGAUAAGAUAUCAUGUUAUAUGUCAGUUCCAAAUAGCUGUUCCAUCGUAUGUCAACUACAAUUAAGAUAUCAUGUUAGAUGUUAGUUCUAAAUUGCUGUUCCAUCAUCUGUGAACUAUAUUUAGGAUAUACUAUUAGAUAUGUCAGUUCCAAAUUACUAUUUCAUCAUAUGUCAACUAUAAUUUUAUCGCGGCAAUUGCCGUAGAGGGAGAACAAAAUGCCGUGGAUCAUUGCGGCAACGACGGCAAUUUUUUGCCGUAUAGUGCAAUUGUUAUACUAUUCACUGUGCAUUACUAUUUUGAUACUUGAAUUCAGAUGUUGAUCAAAUCAUGCGUAAAUCAUUAUUUUAGUCUCAGUUUUCUUCGGAAAAAAAAACAACUAAAGAAAUACGUAGACAUGUUUCUAGCUUGUCAUAAAUCCAAAGUAACAAUAAAAUUAAAGUUUUAUUACAGUAAUUUGAAAAAUGCCGUGGAAACUGUCAGGAUUGCCGUAGACAGCUGUUACGUUCUACGGCAAUUUUUAACGCCAUUGCCGUCGAUUGAUUUCAGGGAAAUUCGAGGGCUGGGUUAGAUGUCAGUUCCAAAUUGGUGUUCCAUCGUCUGUCAGCUAUAAUUGAAAUAUUUUGUUAGAUGUCAGCCGAAAAUGUCAAAGCAAUUGUCAAACAGUAUAGCUGUAUAGUCAUUCAGAGCCGCUGACGUGAUUUAUGUUUGCAUCAAGUAGAUCGUCUAUAAACUUCUAAUCUACUCAACAUUUCAAUGUUUCACAUCAUUUUAGAUAUACAGUGAACUAUUUUACUUUUGUUAAACAAUACCUUCGUAUCCAAUGUGUGAUCUUUCCUUUCCUUUCUUGGUAUGGAUGGUAAUUCUUUCAAUUCGGCAUCAUCGAAUGCCAUGUUUGCAAAAUGUCCAACAGUUGCCUUGCGUUUUUCCUUAGGUUAAGAAACAGAGGCGAUUAAUGGUUAUGGAUUUGAACAGACAAUUAUACGGAAAAAACAACAACUUGUGUAUAGAGUCUUAUAUUGUGAACUACAAACUUCAAUUGUUCUCCCUAGAGGUCUAGAUUAGGACGAUUCGUCCGGUGUUCCUACAGCUCAAUUUUGGUACCAAAUUUAUCCGUGUUCAGGCUUUGUAAAUAGGUACUGUAGUCCAAGCAUGUACGGGUAGCAAAAUAGAGAAUGGUGUAAACGAGCAUUGGAGACUAACAUAGAGAAAGUUGUUCCUUGAGCAAACUGGCGGUGCUUAUAAUAGAAUCAAAUUGGAAGCAUUCUCGUGCUUGUGUAUGUAAUAGACCUUUCCCCUUUUAAGUGAAAUUUUGAUCUAGACAAGUGUGGACAAAAAUUUCAUCACAGCUUCACAAAAUUAGUAAUAUUCCAAAGUUUCGUUGCGAAAUGUUGUAAAAUGCGGAUAGUGUAGCCUUGCGAAGUUUGCCGUUUUUCAGUCAUUUUGAUUACAAAUGGGAAAUUCAUAAUCAGAUGAUUAAACUGAUUAUCAAUUUCCCGUUUGUAAUGCAAAAUGACUGAAAAACGGCAAACUUCGCAAGGUUAUAUUAUCCGCAUUUUACAACAUUUUGCAACGAAACUUUGGAAUAUUACUAAUUUUGUGAUGCUUUUUCAAGCUGUGAUGAAAUUUUUGUCCAGGCAUAUCUAGAUCAAAAUUUCACUCAAAAGGGGAAAGGUCUAUUGUCGUACUUCUCAUGCUAACUUGUAGUUUCAUGUUGCUGAAUGAAUACCUUUCAGAAAGCUGUACUUUAUGUACAUCAUUUUACACCCGUUUUCAGAAUUACGCGACCAAGGUGUCAGUUUUAUGUUAUUCGAUCACGAAGUUCAAACUUUGAGUUUUGCGGUUCCUUGUCGAUGUAUAUGCUUUGUAUGCUUUAUAUAAACAGACUUAGUAGCUGAUUACAUGGACCGGGCCAGCCCGGUUAACCGGGCUGAAAAAUGUCACGAAAAUCUUCCUUGGGCCGCAAAAUGAGUUUUAAAUCGGGUUUAGGAUGAUUUUGCAUCUAUACUAAACCAAUUAUUUAUCGCAAAUUUAUUUUACGCGAGUUUUAAAACCACAGUAAGGUCCUAAACAAACGAGUCAGCCCGGUUAACCGGGCCAGCUCGGCACCAUGUAAUCAGCACCUUACAAUGAUUUUCAAGAUAUUUUAGUGAGAAUUAUUGUAAAAUUUAAGCACAACAAAAUCAUAACAUCACCGUUAUAGUCCAGCGCGCGUGUUUUAUACUGACAGCUAAAUUCCAGGAUAAAUUGUUAUUUUUCAAACUUUAAAAGUUAUUCACGGCACAUAUUUCUGUUGUGAUGGUUUGUAUUGUGCUUUAGUUUGUAUAUAAGUUAUCUGACUCAUUUUUGUUCAGUUUUGGUAUUAAAUACGGUUUAAAAUGUCUUUAGAGUUUAGACAGUUUGUUUAAUACGUUUGCUAUUUUUAGCAGUUCUUGUGACAUAAAACUGACAUUUGAAGUAGGAGUAUUUUUCAGAGAGGUCGCGUAAUUGUGAAAACGGGUGUAAAGACUAAGUAGUAAGUACACCUUGCACCAACUCAAGUACGCGACAAAAAUCAUUGGAGUACCAGUCAGAUAUACUUUAUGUACAUCAUUUUAAAGACUAAGUACACCUUGCACCAACUCAAGUACGCGACAAAAAUCAUUGGAGUACCAGUCAGAUACGACUACAAAUCUCGCAUUAUCGCACCCUGUGUCCCGUACAUUGCGCUGAUGGCCAUCUGCGGGUCAUCAUCUACCUGUCAUCAUCUACCUAUACUAUCCAGGCUCGUGGUUGGUUGAUUAUAACAAUGAAAGACGAUAAAACUAUAGAAAUUGUCUUUCUAAAGAACGAGUCACGAACAAUGAUAAUUUUUGUUUCUGAAAGCCAAUCACAAAACAUGAUCAUUUUAGAUAGAUCUUUACCCCCAUCUGCCGAUUACGACGGAGACCUGGGACGAAAUGCACUGAUCACUGUGUCACCGUGAUACACAUAGAGUUCCAGGGUUCGUAGCGGUCUUUGAAAUCCUUGAAAGUCUUUAAAUUUGGAUGCAGGUCUUUAAGGUCUUUGAAAAGUCUUUAAAUUGUGUGAAAAAGCGAAGAAAGUCUUUAAAAGUCUUGAAAUUCUUUAGUGAGGAAUUUAUUAUAUGACUUAUAAUGGUAAUAAAAUAUCGAUUGAUUGAAGCAAAGUUUUCGCAAAUAUCGACGAAAAGGUGCAUUUUAGGAUGUGAUUUGACGGAACUAUAAUUACCGGGUAAAAAUGGUGCUUACACUCGCAAUUUUUCGACAGCUGAUUGCUCUCAAAGGUCUUUGAAAAGUGUUUGAAAAUAGGCAGAAAAAGUCUUUGAAAGUCUUUUUGAAUUUUUUUGGUCUUGGAGACUACGAACCCUGAUUUCAUACCUGCUUAUUCCGCUUUCGUCGUCUUCUCAAACAGUAUACAAUAACAAUGACGAUAAUAACAAGUAGUAUGGCCACUCCUGCACCUAUGGCUGCUUGUAUCUUAGGACUUUCCAAAGGCGUUGGCGAUCUCUGGCCUGACGUGCUUCCAGGAUCUUCCACCGGGCAGUUUAUACCUUCAUCUUUCAACAAAUCACAUUCCUCUUUAGUUGUGAUAAAAACGACGCCAUUCCCGUCUUGAAGGUCUGGUAGGGAUCCUUUUCGCUGUAGUCUAAGUUGACCUCCAUCUUGAAUUUUCCAAACAGCCGCUCGCAAGAGAAGUUUGUUGUGUUUUUGUAGCAUGGUGAUAUCUAAAUUGUCUAGAUACAGCGAGUCAUCUGCGGCACGCUUCUUAAGUCGUUGUUCUAAAUAGCAAAUAGAGAAAUUACAGCCAUGGUCAAACGAGAAUGAAGGUUGAUGAUGAAAGCUGUCUAUAUUCAGGAUUGUCACAACAGCUGGGGAUCUGGGGAGGCUGACACCUGUACCCAAUAAGUGUAGUUGAGACGCAGUGUGUUAAAGCAGGGGCACUAAGGGACACUAUAAACUGGUUAAAGAUGACGAAUGCAUAGUUUUUCUUGUGUUGUGAGAUAAAUUCCAGCAAUUUUUUCUUAAUUGUGGGGUUUCCAACUGAAAACUAAUUUUCACACGUCACGAAUUUAACUCGAACAACUUCAUUUUUACUGCACUGAAACUUUAGUGAGAAGAUCGAGUUUCAAAACUCAAUUCAAGAUUGAGUCUACGGCCCUAAAAAUUCUCUGGAAUAGGAUUCCUUUGUUUUGGCCAGCUAACUCGUCUGAAAAGUCUCGUAUAAACAGGCAUGAAAUUCGUCUUUGUAAGCUGCUUACCUUCAUAUAAGAAACACUCAAACAAUAAAGCUAUAAAAUUGAACCCUGAUUCCCAAUACCUACCAUUCCAGUGUGAUAAACAACCAAUGUUCGGAUUAACAAGCAUUUCUUGAAGACAACUUUCAAAUUUACAUAACAAUUCUCCAGCUUUGAAACUUGGCAUAAUAACAAACAACUGAUCACCACUAGGCACACAUCUCGGCACCGCAUUUAUAACUUCGGAACACAAUGUAUCUUCCGGACAGGAUUUAGUAUUGCUACAUAAACUAUCAUUUCGAGGUUGAUGAUCUCCCUCGCACAUCGCUUCAUGAGUCAACGCGAUUUCAAUCCUUCCUUUCACGAAUGAAAACAACCGAUCCGGGUCCCAGCAGAAUAGAUCUAAAACCAACUUAUCCAUGCCAGAAACCUCUUCACUGACAGGUAUACUAACUCUUAGGAACAUUUCAUUGUCAACGUAAAGUACAUUAGUAAAGUUCACUGUAGUAAAAGCCUCUGAACUUUGAUUCAUGUCAGGUUUAACAUUACAUCUGUAGUCAGGUGGAGGGUAAGGGUUAUUCUCAGAGGGACAAAUGAGUUCUGUGUCGUUAUCUUGAUAAAUGAUAACAGGGCCUAGUUUUGUUCUGGAAAGAGCAGAAAGUCGAACUGGAUCAUUUGAGAAGCAUAUCAACCUGUGUGUUUUGACAUCGUCUAGAAAGAAAGAAAUGUGAACAAAGAUGAAUGUACUGUACUUCACUUAGAACUGGUACAGGUGAAACCCUGUGACCAGGCUUUGAUUCCAGCAGUGUGCAGUAGUCAGAUUAUAAUUUCACCCUCAUUUACACGUGAGUUCUUCUAAUUUACCCCUCCGGGUGCCCCAGUUUCGUCCUUAAAUAAUUAAGACAUAUCCUUACUGAACCUGUAGGAGGGGAAGUUUAGAACAGAUACAGUAGAGCUAUCCAGUAUAAAUAAAGUUUGGUCCUGAUGUAAGAUCUUUUCUUUUGUAAGCACUUCUAAACCUCACCCAAGGCAUUUUAAAGAUAAGUAAACUUAUUAAGAGUAUUAUUGUUUCCAAACACUUCCUACCAUUGAUGAAUAUCGCAAAGCGUAUUUCCAUGACAUGACCAGCAUUGGUAGUAUUAGUACCAUUGGCUUUGACCAUCACCAUGGCAUACUGUGGUACAAUGUAGUCCUCAUCCGUCGUUGGACCAGUAUAUGAAGACAACAUUAACAUCAAUUUAUUACCCUCGAUAACAAAUGGAUAACUAUUACAUCGAUCUUUUAUCAAUUCAUAUUUCACGUUGUGUUGUUCUCCCCCCAUACCCAGAUACCCAAUAACACUCGCGUUUGGGGAACCUUCUUUAAUCUGAUUGGAUGAUAACGUAAUCUGCGAUCCAAUCAAAGUGCGAGGAAUGAUGGUACAGUUGAAUGAAGUUGUUUUCCUUUUGGCAUGCAAUCUGGUAAAAUUUCUCGAAAGGACAAUUCCAUCAUCUUGUACUGAAACGCCAAUAAUAUAUGUGGCAUUGCUCUCAACGCGACCAGUUUUGACCAAAUAACCAUCUAGUAUUUGAAAUGGUAUAUUUUUUUCAGAAAUGAUAGUGUAUGUUAGUCUCUGUUUCGGAUUGCAAAUGUCUUUGGUAUUUGUAUUGUCAGGGUCAGAUACAUUAAGGUUACCUACAACAGUGCCAAGGGAUUGCUCAUGUGAAACAUAGAGUGUAUUUUCACAUCCUCUGCUUGAAGCUUCAUUCAAAUCGACAAUUAUCAAAUCAAAUUGUUUUUUGUAAUAUAUCAAGCUGUUCCCCCUUUCACUGCAUAUAAUUUCAAACGUUACCAUCUGUUCUUUCUCAAAGUUAAGCUCUUUGAUCAAAUGAAGUGUUUUAUUGCUGUUUAUUAUCUUCAAAUACGAGUUUGUUUGGUUGUCGGCUGAUAAUGUGCAGUGGUGAUCUGGAUUUGAAUCUGGGUCGAAAAUGGUUAUUUUUCCAACGGUUAUGUCUUUCUCGUUUUCCAUAACUUGUAGGUUGUCAAUGUUGAUAUCUGUUGGCGGCUCGUUCACGUCUAAAUAAAGUGAAAAUCAAUAAGAAAAACUUUAUAAAAUAUUGAUAUAUUCCUGCAAUCAGUAAAUAUUAAUUUACAUACUCAGAGGAAGGACAAUAUAUAUUUACUGGGUGUCCCAAAAGAAACUGGACACUGUUUAAUUUCAUGUAACGUAAAAGCUAUAAAAGCUGUCGCAAUGGAAUAAAGGUGAAGGUGGUGGUGAUAUGUGGUGAUGGUGAUCAUGGUGAUGGUGGUACUGAUAUGGUACCAUGACAUUCUGUCGACUGGAAAGCAGACGUUACCAGGCAGUGCUAAAUGAUCGCGAUUAUCGUUCGUUUCUAAAGUGCAGAUGAGACAUUUCGAUGAACCUUGGUUCACGACAGGUUUUCCUCCAACAAAGAUUGCGUCUCGUAGAUGAGCUAGGAUCACUUUACACAGACAGUAUUUGAUUAUACAAUGUUAAGCCCUGGACAAACUAGGAAACAUUGUUGUGGAAACAUUGUUUCCUGCCAAUGUUUACCAUAGUGGGCAAACACUAGGAAACAUUAGUGAGAAACGUAGGGAAUCCUCAAAUGUUUCUGAAGUUGGUAGGAAACAUUUUUGCUUCUCGGGAAGCAAAUUUUGUUUCCGCAACAAUGUUUCCACGGGUGGGUAAACAGGGAAAUAUUUGAAAUAGGAAGCAUCGAAAAUUACAAAUGUUUGAUGUUUCCACAACAAUGUUUCCUAGUUUGCCCAGGGCUUCACGGCUAGCUUUACCUUGAACUGAAAUGUUAAACUCCUUUUGAAAACACUUUUCCAACUGGUCACAACACUUGAGUGAAAUUUCAAUCACAUGUGAUAAAACCUCUUCAUAGUCCGUAUUGUGCUUCCCCGCAACUAAAGUUGUUUCGUUCAAGGCAAUUCUCCUUCCUCCAUCCUCCAGUAAUCUACAUAUAGUUAUAGUGUUUUUAUCUUCGUCUAUCAUCGUGAUGUUACUGAUGAAUGAUCCUGGUGCUAGGUUUUCGUUCAUGUAGUUUGUGUAUACUAUGAUGUCUGUUGGUGCUUCAUCGACAUCUGAAAAUAAUCAUUUAAAUAGAGCGCAUAUAAUUUAUGUGUUAAAUACUUAAAGCGCUGUACAUUGUAAAAAGCUAGAAAUGCAUCCAGUCGAAAAUGGAAUGAGAAUUGACCACUUGCGUAAUAGACUAAAUUUUGAUCUGGACAAAAAUUUCAUCACAGCUUGAAAGAGCAUCACAAAAUUAGUAAUAUUCCAAAGUUUCGUUGCGAAAUGUUGUAAACUGUGGAUAAUAUAGCCUUGCGAAGUUUGCCGUUUUUCAGGCACUUUGGAAUAUUACUAAUUUUGUGAUGCUCUUUCAAGCUGUGAUGAAAUUUUUGUCUAGACUUGUUUAGAUCAAAAUUUAGUCUGCAAAUGGUCAAUUAAAUAUGCUAUAACAUUAUAACUGACAUUAAAAUAUAGACUAGCGAGUAUAUCUACGAAUUACGAUAAGAAUGAUAAAAUUGUAUGUGGUCUUAGACUAUAAAAGGUUAAAAGCCUUACUAAAAAGGAAUAUCUUCAAACGUUUCUUGAAGACUGAGAUGUUAUCACAGUUCCUCACAUUCAGAGGCAGGGAAUUUCACAAUUGUCCUGCCGCAUAUGUAGCAGUCCUUGAUCAUCCGAUCUUAAUGUCCAGCGAUCACUUGAUGAUUUUGGGGAUGAGCAAUUCAGAAAUGUAUAAAUAGGGGCCAUGUUGUUAAGAGCUUUGUAAACUAACAAAGCAAUUUUGAAUUCCAACAAUACUUCAGUUACUAGUGGAAAAUAUUUUAUCCUGUAGUAACACUGAACCAGUCCCUAUUGGUCUUUUUAGUGGACCUCUAAGGAAAACAAUUGCAAACUUAUAGAGCUAUCUAGUGUAAAGUGAGUUCAGAUAAUGGCCGUAUUUUCUCACCUAUAAUAGUAAUAAUAAAAGGCAUUUGUAAAGAAUGCUCAGUAGUAUCCGUGACGAUGACUGUAAGGAAAUAGUCUGAAUUUUCUUCAAAAUUUAAAGAUCCAUUCACAACCAAUUUCUCAUUGUUCACUCCUUGUAAAGUAAAUGGUGGAUAUUUUGGGUCAACCAAGGAAAAUUUCAUUGUCUUUGGGCGAUGUAUGUCAGGAUCAUAAGCAUCAAAUGUUCCGACUCUUGUGCCAAUCUCUGAAUUUUCUCGUACUUUGUUGUUUGAGAGAGUGAGGUUUUGUAUUGGUUCAUCUGUGUCUGUUGAGAAAUGUAUGUAUAUAUAAUCAAGUUUAAGAUUUCACUUCCAAUCAGAUUUAAUCUACCGGAUUAACCAAUCACAUGCGUAUUUAGUCAGUAAAAGGUAAAGUGGUAGUCAAAUCUAAACCUCACUGGUUAAAUUCCACAAGGAUAAACGCCUGCCACACAGGUUACAAGGAUUGGAAUUACUGUAAUAGUGUUGGUAGCAGGCUUGUGUCUUUCAGGGUAUAUACUGGACUAUUAUAUACUGGACUAUUAUAUACUGGACUAUUAUAUAUUGGACUAUUAUAUACUGGACUAUUAUAUACUGGACUAUUAUAUACUGGACUAUUAUAUACUGGACUAUUAUAUACUGGACUAUUAUAUACUGGACUAUUAUAUACUGGACUAUUAUAUACUGGACCUCUAGAGGGAGAACAGUUUAGAACUGAUAAGUUAGUUUUGAUGAUUCUGUAUAAUAUAACCGUCCAAAUUUACGUCUUGUUGUAUGUAGUCCAUAUCUUGGGUUUUCAAGAUGUUUUCAUUUUUUUUCAAUAUCGGCUGGUUCUGGCUUUUGGGUAUUAAUUUGGUGUAGUUUUGAAGAGCAUUCACGUACCUGUUACAUUAAUAAUGAAAUCUCGUCUUAUCCCCAAUGAUGGUACACCAUUGUCAUUACACUGUACUGUCACAAGAUAGGAUUGAUGUUUUUCAUAAUUUAAUGACAUGUUCUUCUUAACUUGCAGAGAAUUUCUCACAUUGUUCACAUGGAAAUAUUCCCCUUCUCCAUCGUUGUUGACAACAUGGCAAGAGUGGUUCUGAGUGAUCUUAUUUCUGUUGUCAGGAUCAGACACC